AAAACAACUCUACCCGGAGCAGAACUACGACGUCAUCAUGGAGGAUUCUUCUGCUCCACGUUCUGCACGCUCCACCUUUGCAUGGCUGGUAGGAGGCUCGCAGGUUCUGGGCGUGACAUCGGUCGUGCUGACUGGCGUGUGGAUGGGUCACUACCACGGGGGCUUUGCCUGGGAUGGGACGGAACAGGAAUUCAACCUGCACCCUCUGUGCAUGAUUCUGGGCCUGGUCUUCUUACAGGGAGAUGCCAUCCUGGUCUAUCGAGUGUUCCGUAAUGAGGCGAAGAAGAAUGUGAAGGUGCUUCACGGCAUCAUUCACUUGCUCGCCCUCAUCAUCAGCAUUGUCGGUAUGGUAGCUGUGUUCGACUCCCACAGAGCAGCCAAGUAUCCAAACAUGUACUCAUUGCACAGUUGGUGUGGCAUGGCUACCGUUGUGCUAUUUAGCUUACAGUGGGUCAUGGGUUUGUUGUUCUUCCUGUUUCCUGUCGCGUCGUCAUGGUUGCGAGCAACGUACCUCCCCGUUCAUGCGUUCUGCGGUCUGGGCCUGUUGGCUAUGGCUGUCGGGACCAGCUUGCUUGGUAUCACAGAGAAGCUCCUCUUCAGCAUCAUGUCAAGCUAUUCGCGAUUUCCACCCCAGGGGGUUCUGGCCAACGUUUUGGGGCUCCUGCUUGUGUGUUUUGGAGUGCUGCUGUGCUACAUCAUCACCAGGGAGGAGUACAGGUGGCCACCCAACCCCGAGGAGGAAUCUUUGGCGGUCCACUUCAAGACCCUGACUGAAGGGGGCUCGCCCACAAUGCCCUAGCGCAUUUGCUUCCUUCUGACGCAAACUGCCGCCGACAGUUUGACUUUUUGUGGAGGUGUCUUGAAUCACUGAUGAUCGCGGCAUCAAAUUAAACCAGCAUGCGGGCCACUUGCAAUGAAUGGAUCAAGAUCUAUUGGACCCCAAUUCCCCCCCCCCCCCAAAAAAAAAAGAAAUGAUGCCCGCUUUUGAUUGACACUGUCAAAGAGAUCUUGCAUCAGUGUGGAUGUGCGUUAGGUCAAUUUGCUUGUUUGUCAACCGUGCGUGUCUGUUUGGUAAACUGUUAGUGCUCUUGAAGAUAAAACAUUGGGCAUUGGCGUGAACAUGUUCAGAAAAUAAAGUCACACAUCUUCAUCA